CGGCUCAGCCCGGCACGAUGGAGACCGGCGGGUGCCGCAUGAGCGGCGCGGAGCCGAGCGGCCCGGCCGCCAUCACGCUGGAGGAGCUGGACGGGAUGGCGGAGGAGAGCCCCGACUCGGCGUAUCACAGCCACGGCAGCAGCCUGGAGGAGGAGGCGGCCGAGCGCAUGGACGACGAGGAGCAGGAGCGGCUGCUGAGCUACUGGCAGAGCGUGGGCAGGGGGCACCAGGUGGACGUGCCCCGCGAUAUGGCAGAGCCCAUCCAGCAGCUGACCCGAAACAACAGCCCCCAGGAGAGGCAGAGCAUCCCAUUCACCCUCAUCCAGCGCAAAGAAAAGCUCGGAGACCUGCUCUACGAAAAGCGUCAGUACGGGAAGGCCAAGUGGGCCUGCAUAAAGAUGAAGGAGAAGCAGUACGAGCAGAGCAUCUGCCUGGGCUUCAUGAAGCUCAUGAGGUACAUCUGUGAGCAGAACUCCUCAGGGCUGUACCUGGGGAUAACCAUCCCCAUUGUGACCAUCGUGCACACCAACGAGUCGCAGUCGGAGAUGAGGCAGGCGGUGACGGUCGCCUACUACCUGCCCGAGGUGCUGCAGGAUCAGCCACCUCACCCUUUUGACUCCGACAUCAUCAUUGAGGAAUGGCCUUCUACUAUUGUUUAUAGUAGGAGCUUCCGAGGGAUCACCAACGAGGACUCCAUCAUGAGAGAAAUCAACCUGCUGGCAGAAAUCCUGGAGAGCCCCGAGCUGUGCCUGCAGGACACGUUCAUCAUCGCCGGGUACACAAACCCCGCUGCUGCCAACAGACACAACGAGAUCUGGUUCCUGCAGAGGCCGUAGCCUCCAGCUCCUGCUGCUCAGCCCCCCCAGAACCAGCCCUGACCCGCUGCCACAUCCCCACCCGGGGCAGGGCUGGGUGUGAGACCCCAGGCACCACGGAGCGGUGGCUGUCAGCACAGCACGGCAAUCAGUGCAGCUCAGUGAGCACACAGAGGUACCGCCUCACACCGACACCAUUUCCUACCGCAGCUCCUACAGCAUCUCAACAACCUCCACAGAGAUUUUUAGCACCACACAGAGGGGUUCACCUUAUUUAUUUUAUCCCUCUGUUGGAUAAGGGAGACAGAGCCCCCCCAGCCCAGCCCCUAGGGCAGAUCCCCAGCACCAGCUGCAGCCGCUGCCAGCAGGACACAGCACAACAGCAAACCCACCUCCUGAAACACAAACACCUUCAUUUCUAAAGAGGCUGCUCAGGUUUAGGCCACUGGGACCAGACCAGGCGCGAGGCCCAGCCAGCUGACCAGUCCUGCUCCCACCUCCUGUGCAGCAGAGGCUCUCAGUGCUUACCUCAAAAGCAUCCUACCAAAGUCACUUUAACCUCCAGAGGAGACCAAACAGGCAGAACAGCACUAAUGCUACUGAAAUGUGAGGGGAAAAGUUACACUUCACCUCACUGACACACAUAGCAGCCCCAUGGCCAUCACUGGCAUUCCUAAAUAGAAAGUGGUCACUCUCAAUUCUUUUUCUGAGCACUUUUCCCUUUAGUCUCUGUGGAACGCUGCUGAAGCCAUCUGUUGGCUGCCCACAUCUCCCAGCAGUACCACCAAGGUUCAGGCCCAGCACAACCAGCUCAGCCAGAAGUGCCCCCUGGCACAGCAGCUCUGGGCCCUACACAGUCGGUCAGAGCAUCCCUCCCAGCUGGGCUGCCCCAGCUCCCAACCACCCUCACUGUGACCGUCCCUCCCUGACUGCUGACUCCCCACAUUGCAGCUUGUUUCCUUCAGCCGUGUCCUUACGGCAGCUCCUGCAGCAGACACAGCUGAGCACCCCCAUAACAUCCAGCUGCUGAGCUGCGUGUGGGGCUGCACCUGCACCUACAGCACCUGACACUUUGGCAUUGGGUUGGCAAACAGCUUUGCUCUCAGAAAUCCCUCCUUAAUGUCUCCCCUUCCCUGAUAACUGAAUGUAGGACUUAAUGAGUAUCUUUUCAUACAGAAUUUAAUGAAGCCUGUCACCAGGGUUAUUUAUCAGUUACCAGGGUUAUGCUUCACGGGGAGCUUUGUGUUCUCCAGCUGUGACACCCGGUGCUGGUGUGUGCAGCGCUGGCAGCUCAGGAGGGGCUGAAGGGCUUCUGGGAUAACACCACCCCCACAGCCCCUGCUGGAAGCCAACAAACUAAUGGGAAACAACCCUUCUAAAGCUGAGCUGAGCGUAGUGCCCAUGGAGGUGUGAAAGGAGAAGUUCUGCUCCUCUCACUCCUUUCUUUUUCCCUCCCACCCCAACAACACAGCAAAUAAAAAACCACAUUUCCAACUUGGACAAGAUUUGUCAAGUCCAAUUUUGCCAUUGGCAGAAGUGAUCCUGGCACAUCAGGCACCACGUACCUGCCAGGAGCAGCCGGUCCUCUCACCAGACAGCAUCGCUUUGUACAUAGUCUGUCCUUUAAAUGCCUUUUGUGUGCUGUAUCCUGGCUCUUUCCAUAGGUGACUCAUCAAAACAUUGUGUGGCUCAGCUACGUGUGGGUACGUCACACACACACAGAGCUGGCCGAGUGCCGGCAGUAUCUGCAGCGAGUGCUCAGUGUUGUUCAGUGUAAAGCAGUGAAUUCUGGGGUAGCAAUGAUGCUGACUUAGGUUAGGCUGCUUCUGCUGCUGAGAAAGAACCAACAGAUCCUAUCUCUGAAGAUGCACAACACAGCUAUGGAGCACGGCUAUGGAGCACGGCUAUGGAGCACGGCUAUGGAGCAUGGCUAUGGAGCACGGCUAUGGAGAACGGCUGUAACCAGCCCUCCAGGCACAGCACAGAGCUGUGUUUGCUAAUUACCACGAGGCCAGCCCCAUAGUCACUCCCUGAAGGCCAGGGGGGUUAUAACCCAUGACAUCCAGGGACUCAGAUGGAUCUGCUUCAAUUCCCACACCAGCUCCUAACCGUUACUGGAACAAGCACUGCGUUACCCACCUGCAGCUCCGCUCUGUAAGCUGUGAAAGUACUUCCAUUUCUCAUUUGAAGUAUUUGAUUUCUGCUAUUCAAGGAGAUAGGACACAGGCCUCCCCAGCUCCUGGCAGGUUAAACGCUGUAGCCUUAACAAACACUGUCCCACAUACCGUGUACUUUGCAAACCAGCGCUAGUGCCUACACCGCCUGUCCCAGCUUUGUGACACUCAGGGCCGUGCUUACUGCAUGUACACAACUAUAAGCAUCAGCAAGCUCCGCUGUUCUACACUGCCCUUUAUUUUCACUUCCGUGUUGUCCUGUUUACUGUUACCAUUUCUCAAAGUAAAGGCAAUGAUUUCACUGUG